AUGUAUAAAGCCUGUGAGGUUUUAUGUUCCGAGUCUGACAUUUUUGCUGCCAUGGAAAGUGCUAUCAAUGAUGGUGUAGAUAUAUUGUCUGCCUCACUUGGAUCCCAAGAUGCACCAUAUUAUGAAAAUGCAAUGGCAAAAGCGGCCUUUGCAGCUGCAAAAAGGAACAUUUUUGUUUCCUGCUCAGCAGGAAAUCUCGGGCCUCAUGCGUAUUCUGUUCAUAACACAGCGCCAUGGAUGACCACCGUUGGUGCUGGAUCUAUAGAUCGUACUUUCCCGGUGACAGUUCAACUUGGAAACAACAAAACUUUAAUUGGCUCAUCUCUUUAUGGUAAGAAAAUCAAUACGGAUAGCUUUCCACUCGUUUAUCUAGGAGACUGCAUUGCUGCCAACAUGAUUCCUCAGAAUGUAAUGGGAAAGAUAUUAGUUUGCAAUGGCAGCAAACUCCAAGCCAUCAACGAUGAGCAUCUCAUUCAGGAAGCAGGUGGUGUCGGACUGCUUCAACUAAACCAUAUAACUGAAGGAGAAGGGCUCACAGCAAUUGCAUACACAUUGCCUGCUGCAACAUUGGGUUACCGCGAAGCCCUGGAGCUUGUCUCUUAUAUUAUCUCAACCAAAAAUCCCUUGGCGAGCUUCAAAUUUCAUAAUCGUACAGUGAUAGGGAAAGAGAGGGCCCCAAUCACCUCGAGUUUUUCUGCACGAGGUCCUAAUCCAAUUGUUCCAGAAAUCCUGAAACCCGAUCUUAUUGCCCCAGGUUUCAACAUUCUUGCAGCAUGGCCUCCUAAUAUUUCUCCAACCCGUUCUUCAUUUGACCCAAGGCGAGUGAAGUUCAAUACAGAUUCUGGAACAUCAAUGUCCUGCCCACAUGUUGCUGGUGUUGCUGCAUUGCUCCGUGCUGCUCACCCCAAUUGGUCCUCUGCAGCGGUCAGGUCAGCACUCAUGACCACCUCCACAGCAACUGACAAUCAGUAUCGUUUGAUUGCUAGAUAUGAAGAUUUGGAGCCAGCAACUGCACUUAGCAUCGGAUCUGGACAUGUUAAUCCACAAUUGGCUUCAGAUCCAGGGCUAAUUUACGAUGCAGAUAUAUCAGAUUACAUCAGGUUUUUGUGCAGCGUGAACUACACCGAAAAGCAGAUGAAAUUUUUUGUAGAGGCAUCAAAACCUUGCUCAGGACCAGCAGGUUCUCCGGGAGAUCUUAACUAUCCAUCAUUCUCCGUGGUAUUCAGGCCUAACAGCUCCGUUCAAGAGUUAAAGAGAACAUUGACCAAUGUUGGGGAGCUUCUGCCAGAGGUGUACAAAGUUAGAAUUGUCCAUCAUAAGGUUAAAAAGGCAAAUGUAACUGUGAAACCACAGAAGUUGAUCUUCAACAAAUCUUUCGAGAAGCAAAGCUACAAAGUCAGAUUCCAGAGCAACUAUGUCUUCAAUAAGAGCGGUACCACUGUGGAACAAAUGGCUUUUGGGUCCAUUUCAUGGGAAAGUGAGGGCCAUGUUGUUAGGAGUCCGUUUUCAGUGUUGUGGCUACAGUCGUAG